AUGACCGAGAUCGCCACAUCCCUCGCCGACUGGCCGUACGCCUGGGCCUACUUCUUCCCAGUCAUGCUCCUCAGCAUCGCCAUUGGCACCUUCACUCCAGCGGCACAUAGCAUACUCGAGCAAGGCGGCUUCCCGCAGCCGCGCCACCAGCCGCUAAACGUCUACGUCUACUUGUUCGCAGGGUGUCAAUCGGCAGUUGGGCUUUCGGUGGCUGUAUUGGAGGCCCUGGGCGACUGGAAGGCCGUUGGUGUCAUUCUGGGCUGCCUGACUCCCAUGGCAUUGCUGAGCACGUCCCUCUCCGCGGUCAAGGGCGGGACAGGUUUGGGGAGCGCGUUCUGGACUCAUGGCGUGAUGACUGUGAUCGGAACGCGGGCAGCUUGGAGGCUGGUGCAGGAGCACUGGUGA